GAGAGACGGUCUCUUGGUUUUUGGCGUUCAUCAACGACGGACGCAUUUCCCGCACUCAUACACGAGUAUUCUAUAAAACUUUUACAUUCAACAUCCAGUAUAUUUAUUCGUACACACGCCAUUGCCAGGAGCCAAUAAGCCCACUGGUGAGUGGAAGCUUAUUUUGGUUAAAUAUAAAUUACUGUGGACAUUCGAGGAUUGGGUUUUGGAAGUGGACUUUUGACCUGGUGACUGAGGAUUGGGUUCAAGGAGGCUAGAGGACCUUUGGAAUCUAUUGGAGUCUUGGUUGGAGAGAUCGGCGGUGGUCUUGGGACCGUUGUUGGAGGAAAAGUGUUGAAGUAUCCAGUAUGCCCAAACGAAUUAAACCAGGUUCAUCUCGUUCUGCCAUAAUAAAAAGGAAUCGAAAAAGGCUAAAAAGUUUUCUGCUAUCUGCCGAGAAUGCGAUUCGUCCUAUUCCACCAAACUUUCUUGAAAAUAUGCCUCAAACGUCAGAUUCACGAGCUCCAUCUAUUAUUAAUGAAGGUGAAGAAGAAGAUCGUAUUAUGGACAACAUUAUAAACUUACAUUAUGAUGGCGAUACGUAUUUUGGAAAAAACGAUUAUUAUUUUUCAGCGAGCCCUUCCAGCGAACUAAACGAAAACGUUUGUGAUGAAAAUGUUGCAGAGGAAAUGAUUGAUAUCGAGGAUAAUGAUGAUGAAGAAGGGUUCACCUAUAGUUAUGAUAAUGAUAAUAAUGUCGAUGACGAUGAUAAUGUCGAUGAUGGUGAUGAUGAUGUCGAUGAUGAUGAUGACGAUGAUGAUGAUGAUGAUAAUGUCAAUGAUGAUGAUAAUGAUAAUGACGAGGAUGAUAAUGAUGAUGAUGGUGACGAUGAUGAUGAUGAUAAUGAUAAUGACGAUGAUGAUAAUGAUGAUGAUGGUGACGAUGAUGGUGACGAUGAUGAUGAUGAUAAUGAUAAUGACGAUGAUGAAAAUGAUGAUGAUAGUGCCGAUAAUCCAUUUUUUGCCGUGAGCAAAGUAAAUUGUUUCCAGUUUCCGUUGAUACCUAACAAGAAUUUGUCAAUCAUCGAUCAUUUUCUAUCGAUUAUAGCCACAGCAAUUAAACAUCACAUGUCUUACGAAGCAAUAUUGGAUAUUUUCCGUUGGAUGAAAGUGUCACACGCAGCAAAUCGCUUACCAACGACUAAAGCAGCAUUGUGGAAUAUAUUGAGCCGCAAUAAGUCUAUGAUCACACCGCAUUAUUAUUGCGAACUUUGUGAAGGAUAUUUAGGCACAAAAAAUGAAAAGAACCUUUUAAAAUUAAUGUGUUUUUGUAAGACAUGUGGUCCUAAAAAACCCGAAAAGCAUCUUGGAUGUUUUUACAGCAUUAGCUUGAUUUCACAAAUAAAGCAAUUAUUUAAAAUUCCUCAUAUUGCACAAUCUUUACAGUACCGUAACUUAAGGGUGAAAAAAAAUAAUGAGGCUUUUGAAGAUAUAUAUGACGGCUUAGAAUAUCAACGAUUGUGUUCGCCAGGUAAUUUUUUGGAACAUUGGUUUAAUUUUUCCAUCACUUUCAAUACUGACGGGUGUCAAAUUUCAAAUUCAUCAAAAGCAAGUGCUUGGCCUGUUUACGCAGAAAUUAAUGAAUUGCCUCCUCAUAUGCGCAAGAAAUAUGUUCUACUAGCAGCCAUAUAUGUUGGUGAUACACAUCCUAAGAUGAAUAAUUUACUUCGACCAUUUACAGAACAAAUGAGAAAACUUUUUACAGAUGGUGUUACAUGGAAACCAUCGGAAUCAUCUGAGGUAACCUCAAAAUUUAUAGUUGUAGCCAGUACUCUUGAUGCACCAGCCCGUGCAGCAGUAGUUCGAAUGAAACAAUUCAAUGGCUAUUUUAGCUGCGUGUAUUGUUAUGCGAAGGGAAAAAGUACAGCAAGAAGAUUGAUUUUUCCAUUUAAGCAAUCUUACCUAAAAUUACGAACUGAAAACGAACUCAAGGCAGACAUGAAAUACGUUAUCCGUACUGGCAAUAUAAGACAUGGCGUGAAAGGUUAUUCAUCGUUAACAGCUCUACCUUUAUUUAAGAUAACUAAAGGAGUUAUAGUUGAAACUAUGCAUUCUGUUUUCUUAGGAGUUGUAAAAUUACAUACAACAGUUUUGCUAAAAACAGUAGGAGCUCCUUAUUAUAUUGGGAAAAAACAAUCCUUACAAAUUAUUAAUAAAACAUUACUAUCAAUAAAACCUCCAUCCCGCCGUUCUCGAAAGCCUCGAAAAGUAGAAUCUUGCGUCCAAUGGAAAGCAUCUGAGUGGAGAAAUUGGUUAGAUUAUGCUCCAGUGUGUUUAAAAUCAGUUUUGGAAGAUAAAUAUAUAAAUCAUCUGGCUCAACUUUCCGAAGCUAUUCACUACUUGAACAGUGAUUCAAUAACGUUACAAGAACUCAAUCGAGCAGAUUUUUUAUUAAAGGAAUAUGCAAAAACAUUCGAGCAAUUUUUUGGGGAAGUAAAAAUGUCAUCGAAUGUCCAUUCUUUAUCCCAUUUAGUUGAGUGUAUAAGAAAUUGGGGUCCCAUGUGGGCGCACAAUGCUUUUACAUUCGAAUCGUGGAAUCGAAAAAUUAUGGAUUGCCUAACAAGUCCCGUCGGACGGGAAGAUCAAAUUAUUACUCGUUUUUUGAUGCAAAGAUUCAUCAAUCAUGUUGCUUUUGAUGGAUCUAUUUCCAAUGAAACUAGAAGUUUUAUAGUUAAACAGUUAAGAGUAAUAAAUGACAGCAGCAGAAUAGAACAUCGAGAUAAGUUUAUUGUCGAAAAAGAGUCAAGAGCACGGUAUUUGUCAGAAGAGGAAUUUAAAGUCUUACAUGUAGCUGGAUACAAGCCUGAGCACCUUACAGCAUAUGAAAGUAUGCACGUAAAUGGAGUUAAAUUUUCUUGUCUCAAUGAAACUAAAGUGACUAAGUUUUCGAACUCUUUCAUAUAUAGUGAUAUUGAUGGAACAUUUUCUACAAUCAACAAUAUCAUACAAUUUUAUAGCAGUCGUGAAAUUAUUACCGGUAUAAUUGUUCAAAGCUAUAAGCAUAUUGGUUAUGGAUUUAAUGCGGGUCAUAUCCAUAUGAUUAAACCAAAAAAAAUUUUAAACUUUAUAAGAGAUACUUAUAUGAUAAGACCUGCCAUAAAAAUGAGCACUGAAGAUCUUACAUUUGCUGUAAAGUUAGCAAAUUGCUGGGAAACAGACUAAAGAAGAUAUAUUGAUAAAAGAAAUGAUUUAUUUUUUAAUGCUUAAUGUAUAAUAAGAUUAAAAUAGACGUAAAAGUUUGAUAAAAACGAAUGUGCUAAGGCAUGCAAUAAACAGUACAGCACCUGAUGAAAGUAAGAAAAAAUAAUUAAUACUUUCAAGAUCCAAUUUAUGUUUGUAAUAGAAAUUGUAAUACUAAUUUAAUCAAUGUAUUUAUUGCCAUAAAUGCAGAUAUUUCUAUGGAUUAUUGUAAAUUAUAUUGUUAAUAAACACAAUUAACUCGUA